GACUACCGGCCACGGGAUCUUUUGCCUAGGUGCUUUUGCAAUGUCUUUUUGAUAUGGCACAAUUGACCACUCGUUGUGAGACAGAUCGAGUAGUUGGGGUUGCGUAGGACGAUUAAAUCUAAAGGCAAUGUCAAGGCGCAUCUGUGUUUCCUGGUAUGUAUAAGAAGACGUUGAAUCCUCUUCUUACCAGUUCCUUAUCAAGUCUUCAUCGAGUCCUCAAUCCCAAGAUCUGCCAUUCUACCUUCAAUCUGUACAUCGCCUUCGGAACUCAUCAAAGAUGUUUUCCCAUAUCACAGCCUUUCUCGCUCUUGGAGCCAUUGCUCAAGCAGCUCCAGCUCCAGCUCCAUCAGCUUCCUCUUCCGGUUCAGCGUCUCACAGCGUAACAGCAAUUCGCAAUCCGAACUAUGUUCGCAACGGUACUGCAUCUUUGCUCAAAGCCUACGCCAAGUACCACCUUCAGCCUACCCAGCCAAUGUCUGAUGCCUUCAUGUCGGCACUCCAAAAGAGGCAAGAUUCUUCUGCUCCAGCUUUUCCAGUCGAUGGUGUUGAGUAUCUCGUUCCCACUACCGUUGGAGGUCAAACUCUCAACCUUGAUUUGGACACUGGUUCGGCAGAUUUAUGGGUUUUCUCCUCUCUUCUAGCUGCCUCCUCGCGCGAAGGUCAUGACAUCUACACCUCAAGCAAGAGUUCCACAUUCAAGGAUCUCCCAGGUUACACCUGGAGCAUCCAGUAUGCCGAUGGAUCUGGAGCCAGUGGCACUGUAGGCACAGAUACCGUUAAGAUUGGUGAGACUACAGUCACUGGCCAAGCAGUUGAACUUGCCAACAGAGUCUCUUCUUCAUUUGUCUCUGAUGAAUCCGAUGGACUCAUUGGUAUGGCUUUCAGCAAGAUUAACACUGUUCAACCAAUAUCUCAAUCCACCUUCUUUGACAAUGCCGAGAGCUCUCUCAGUUCUCCACUCUUCGCCGCAUAUCUCCCAUUAGGGGCGGAUGGAGCAUACGACUUCGGAUACACCGAUUCGUCCAAAUACAGCGGAAACAUCACCUACACCCCCGUCGACUCCAGAGACGGUUUCUGGGAAUUCCCAUCUACGUCCUACAAAGUCGGCUCUACCACUCACAAGUUAUCAGGAUUCACUGGUAUUGCCGAUACAGGAACCACACUCAUCCUCAUGAGCGACGCCGUCAAUACUGCAUACUAUGCCCAGGUACCUGGUUCCAUGUAUUCCAGCUCUUAUGGGGGAUACGUAUUCCCUUGCGGUGUCACUCUCCCUACCUUGUCAUUCAAAAUCGGCCCAACUGACUAUGCGACAAUCCCGGGUUCUUUGAUGAAUUUCGCAGUCGCGACUGGAAAUACUUGUUAUGGCUCGCUUCAAAGUGUGGGUGGUGGUAAUCAGAGCAUUUAUGGAGAUGUUUUCUUCAAUGCUUACUACGGUGUUUUUGACAAGAGUGGACCUUCAUUUGGUUUCGCUACUAUCGCUUCUGCUUAAGAAAGCAUGAAUGAUAUGAUGGGAUGGAUCUAGGGAUCUGAGUAUGAAAUUAUGGAAAUGAAUGACUUGAUGGAUGGAGCAGAGAUCUGAUUUGGAUUUGAUUUCUGCGGGUGGAGGUUCUGCAAACUUGGUUCUCGAUGUCGUCGUAUUCGGCUGCUUUUCUUUAUUAUAAUUCAAACACUUUUCA